UUUCAUGUAUUGAUUUUAUAAUUUCUGUCGCAGAUGGCCUCAGAUUCGCUUACGUUUUUUGCUGUCAACCGAUGCGUGUACGCGAAUAGUGGAUCAGUUAUUAUUUUAUUUGGGUUGAGCCCUCAUAACAAAAAAUAUACUGUACUCGAAAGUGAAUUACACCGUAACAAUGUUCAUCUUGGCGACUUUCUUAAUGCCUGCUUGAUUAAUGAAACAACAUUGAAGUUAUUCCAAAAAUGCUCUCAUCCUAAUGAUGAAAAUGUUAGUGUCGUACAAAACGAGGCAUAUUUGAGAUUUCCAUCUGCAGAGGCAACGUUUGAUAACAAUGGAUCUUUAAUUUUUAACACAAGAAACUUUGGACCAAUAGUAUCAUCUGAUCAGAAUUUAUCUCCCGGAAGAUAUUAUAUUGUUAUCAAAGCAACGGGGCAAUUAGAAAAGGGUGACAUCACCUUGUGUGCUGAUGUUAUUGAUGAAGCCAACUUUUAUGAAGAACCAAGAAGUAAACUAUCCCGAAAGGGUAUUUCAAGAUACCCAACUAUAAAAUCUCACCGUUCAAACUCACCAUCCGAUGGUGCAUAUGAAUAUAUUGAUGUGAUUUAUCCAGGCGAUCAAGAGUAUGAACAUCUUGAACAUUUUAAUACAAUUCCUUCAAAUAACUUAUAUGGAAUGAGAGCUGCUGAUCAACUAAUCGAAAACAAAAAUGUAACACUUCCAAAAUUACAUCCUCCAGCUCCUCUACCGAGACGUUUGAAACCAGCCUUGAGCAAUCCGACUGAGACGCCAACGCGUACGAUUUCUACUGACUCUCGAGAUGGUUAUACAAUUGAGCAGUUAAUCGAAAAACUUCCCACUCUGGAACUUGAAGGAAUCGAAAAUAGCGUACCGGUCCCACAAAAACCUUCUGCCCAAAAUCUGAUGAAGGCAUUUGUCCAUUCUGUUCUCCAACACCCAAACCAGGUUAAAAUGCAUUUUAUAUGGAUUUGUGGCUUAAACAAAAACGCCGUACUCAAACUGCCCAUGCAUGACUUAGAGCUGGGACACUUUUUCGAAGGAAUUUUUGAGGAAAAGCCUAACGGAAGUUGGGAGUGCACGAGACAUUUGAGAGAAAUUGAGCCACUUCUUAAUGGAAUUAUUGUCCAGAAUGGAAAAAAGGAAAAGGUAGAGCUGAUAAGCACAAUCACGCAAUAUCAACCAGCAUCGAUUAGCUUGAAGUAUGCACAAGGAUAUGUGAAUCAUCUGGGAGUUGUGUAUGACAAGAACUCAAGGCUGAACCCAGACUCUAAUGGAAGAAAUGUUAGAAUUCAGAAGUUGAAGUUGGAUGGAAUAUUUGAAUGGGUGGUCACUGGAUUUGAAUAAUUAUUUUUGUAUUGUUUUUUCAUUUUUCGAAGUAGCACAUCAAAACCAAUUAAUUUUACACACUUUUAACACUUUACAAACUUUUGCGAAAAAAAAACACUGUUUCAAGAUUUGUUUGUCUCUUUGCUAGUUUAUUGGAAAAUCUUGAUUUGUAUGUACCGGUUUUUCGUUCGGCGAGGCUUAAUAUAACCUCUUAUCAGUAAAAUUGAGCGGAAAACUAGAGAAAUCAUGAUAAAAAAUACAACUCUG